CAGAAAAGAGGAGCUACACGGAGGAGAUCGGGAAGUCGUUAAGCAGAGAGGGGGUGGGGCAGGCCGGUAGGGACGGAGACCCCCCUCUGGAGGCGGAAAGAGGCAGGACCACUUCCGGCCAGGCGGUGCGGGGGUAACAAGCUCAGACCUGAGGAGAGGCUUGGAGAGAGCAGACGUCCUCUGGACUCACGAGGGCGAGGCUCAGCUAUUACAGUCUCUCAGGAAGAUGGAUAGAAGAAAUGACUAUGGUUUUCGGGUGCCCACAUUCCAGGGCCCUCUGCCUCCCCCUGGGAGCCUAGGGCUUCCUUUCUCUCCAGAUGUACAGACUGAGAGCACAGAGAAGGACAAUGUCCUGCUGAUGCAUACCCUGUUGUCAGCAUCCAAGGACCCACCGAUUGCCAGCCGGCCUAAGAAAAGCAAGACCAAGAAGACUUCUAUUAAAGCUAUCACUAAGACCACACCCACUCCCCCUCAGGUUCCAUCUGCCAAUGACAUUGCUAGCAACAAGCCUAAAGUAACUCUGCAGGCUUUAAACCUACCAAUGUUCACCCAGAUCAGCCAGGUUUCUGCUACAACUGAGGCAGCCAAUAUCCAGGCUUCAGUUACUGCUCAAACCAAGAAAGCCAAGACAAAGAGAGUUACUCCCAAGGUAUCUCUAACUGGCACUGAGGAUGUCACUACACAGCUCAAGUCACCUUUACAGGCCCUAAACCUGCCAGUUACCUCACCAACUCUCCAGUCUCCAGUUGCCAAUGAGUCAGCUAAUUCCCUGGCCUUGAUAGCUGUCAGCAAACCCAAGAAAGCUUCUAAGGCAAAGAAGGCUGCCAAUAAGACCAUACCUAGUGCCACUGAGAUCUCACUGGCUUCGACUGCCACCCACACAGCCACUACCCAAGGCCAAAUUGCCAAGGAGACAGCUAGUAUCCAGUCCUCAGCAGCCACUAUCCGAACCAAGAAAAUUUCCAAAGCUAAGAGGACAACUGCUAAGCCCAUGAAUGCUGACACUGAGUAUGGAGAGCCCUCAAAUGCUAUUGAGGGAGCUAGCAGACAGAUUGAGGCUUCAACUGUAGUUCUAAGGCCCAAAAAGCCCAAGGGGAAGAAGGUUGCCAAUAAAGGCCCAAAUUCUGCUUCUGAGCUCUCCGAGGCUCCACCUGCCCUUCAAAUGGUCCCAAACCAUGCCCUAUCAGUGACUGUACGGAUCAGGAGAGGGUCUAGGGCUCGAAAGGCUGCCACUAAGACUCGGGCAACUGAAAGCCAGGCUCAAAUCAAUGAACAAGGAGCUCAGGCCAAGAUGGCUACCUCUCAGGCCAGCAUAAGUGCCCUUGAGACUCAGGUUGCUGCUGCUGUUCAGGCCUUGGCAGAUGACUACCUGGCUCAGUUGAGUUUGGAGCCCACAACCAGAACCCGGGGCAAGAGGAACCGGAAGUCUAAGCAUCCCAAUGGAGAAGAAAGAACUGGGGGCAGUUUCAGGCGGAUCCCAUGGGGCCGGAGGCCUCCACCACCCCGAGAUGUGGCCAUUUUGCAGGAAAGGGCAAAUAAGUUGGUGAAAUAUCUGUUGGUUAAGGACCAGACAAAGAUCCCCAUCAAGCGUUCAGACAUGCUGAAGGAUGUCAUCCAAGAAUAUGAUGAGUAUUUUCCAGAGAUCAUUGAACGAGCAAGCUAUGCUCUGGAGAAGAUGUUUCGAGUCAACCUGAAGGAAAUUGAUAAGCAAAGUAGCUUGUAUAUUCUUAUCAGCACUCAGGAGUCCUCUGCAGGCAUACUGGGAACGACCAAGGACACACCCAAGCUGGGUCUCCUCAUGGUUAUUCUGAGUGUCAUUUUCAUGAAUGGCAACAAGGCCAGUGAGGCUGUCAUCUGGGAGGUGCUACGCAAGUUGGGGCUACGUCCUGGGGUAAGACAUUCACUCUUUGGAGAAGUGAGGAAACUCAUCACAGAUGAAUUUGUGAAGCAGAAGUAUCUGGAAUACAAGAGGGUCCCCAACAGCAGACCACCUGAAUAUGAAUUCUUCUGGGGCCUGCGGUCUUACCACGAGACUAGCAAGAUGAAAGUACUGAAAUUUGCAUGCAAGGUACAGAAGAAAGAUCCUAAAGACUGGGCCGCUCAGUACCGGGAGGCAGUAGAGAUGGACGUUCAGGCUGCAGCUGUGGCUGUGGCUGAGGCUGAGGCCAGGGCUGAGGCAAGAGCCCAAAUGGGGAUUGGAGAGGAAGCUGUGGCUGGGCCCUGGAAUUGGGAUGACAUGGAUAUUGACUGCUUAACAAGGGAAGACCUCAGCACUGGCGAUGGCUUUGGCAGUGGGCCUAAUGCCAGCUUCGACAGAGGACUGAAUACCAUCAUUGGCUUUGGCAGUGAUUCCAACACCAGCAGUGGCUUUACUGGUGAAACCAGCACCGGCUCCAGCUUCAGUAAUGGACCCAGUUCUAUUGUUGGCUUUAGUGGUGGACCAAGCACUGGUGCUGGCUUCUGCAAUGCACCAAGCACUGGUGGCUUUGGUGGUGGACCAAGUACAGGAGCUGGCUUUGGCGGACCAAGCACUGGAGGUGGCUUCGGAGGACCAAGCACUGCAGCUGGCUUUGGUGGUGGACUGAGCACCAGUACUGGCUUUGGUGGUGGUGGACUGAGCAGCAGUGCUGGCUUCGGUGGUGGACUGAACACCAGUGCUGGAUUCAACGGUGGACCAAGCACCGGUACUGGCUUUGGUGGUGGAGCCACUAACCUCGGUGCCUGUGGCUUCUCUUACGGCUAGUGAAGUUUCAGGUUUGUUACGUUUGUUACCCAUGUUUACAGGUAACACUAACGCAGCAGUACUUCCCAUGGAGCCAAUGUGCAGCUUUGGAAUCUUUGUCCGCACAGCAGCCUAACCAGCUACAACCCAUAAGCUGAGUGAAACACUAAGAAAAAUCUGCUGUUCCUGCUUUGUGUUUGCUUCUUGUGUUGUUGUCAUAUUUUGGUAUCAGAGUUACAUUAAAUUUGCCAAAGGAA